CUCCAGUCACAGAGGACGUCGGGAUGACCCGUGCCGUGGACGUCGUCGCCGUCGCCGCCGCCGCCACGGCCGCCCACUAACGUGCUUCUAACUCGAAUCGCGACGCGCGCGAGCAUGUGCUCCUAGACGCUGUUGCCCCUCGCCGCCGGUCCGCCCGCCACCCCGACGACGAGAGCGAGAUCCGCGCUCAGUCGCGGCCGUCCGCGCCGCGUACGCUUCCGGCGAUAAUCGAUCGGCGGCGUUUUUUCCGCACGCAAUCCGCGCGAUCGUCCCCGGGGAUCGUCAAGAUGGGCUCUAUAGUGCUCAAGUCGCUCUCGGUGCUCCUCGGCAUAUUCUUCGUCUUCGUCGGCACCAUGAAGCUGACGUCGCAUAUCAGCAAGGACCUGCACAAGGAUCUAAGGAAAGAAUAUGUCAAGUACGCAAAAGUAUUUCCGCUCUCGGGAACGUUUGACUUCAAGGUGCCCAGCAAGUGGUAUCGGAGAGUCGUUGGCUCGCUCGAGAUUAUCUGCGGCCUCGCCAUGGCGAUUAUUCCAAGUCACAAAGUUAAAAACUUUUCCAACACGGUGCUGCUUCUCUUGAUGCUGAUGGCCGUGUAUUCUCACUACAUGGUCAACGACAAAUUCGAGAGGAUCGCCCCGGCAUUGGUGUUCUUCUUUAUGCUGACGGGGCGGCUGGUGAUUGACUGGCAGCUCAGGCGAGAAGACGCGCAAUCGGUGACGGCGAACGGUGUCGACGACAAAGCUAAGAAGCAAGACUGAGCGGGAUUACGGUUGGAAAACGCAUUGUUUGUUUUCACCUUAAACCACUUAAUUCCGCGAUUUCAUUUCUGGGACACUGAUUCUGAGGAGGAUUAGAUUUAUUUCAAACGUAGACUCUCGUACUGAUUCUUCUAAAAAUAAAACUUUUACCUCAAGGCACCAUUUAUUUAAUAUAUCUUUUUGAAUUUUUUAUAUGCAAAGAUUUUCAACAGGGAGUAAGUGGUGUCUUUGUGAAAAUUAUGAAAUAUGUAGGAAAAACGAAAAUGAUCGUUUGAGAUUUUGUGAAUUAAGUUUGUAAAAAAAAUGUAUGUCUCCAGAAGUGAAAGCAAAAUGAGAAACGUAUAACUUACAGUGAUCAAUUUUAAUGUGAUUAGUAAAUAAAUUUUUGUUGCACUCUACGUAUUACUCUGCACUAUAUCGCAAUAUAGUUUGCAGAAUAAAAAGCGAGUAUCAUUAAGACGCAAUAAGAUUUGUAAUUAAUGGAAGUUACGUAAGGUCUUACGAAGGGAUACUUUUUAUCGCCGAUGGUGGAACACUCGACGAAUAUGCGAUGUGUAUUUUCCUCGAUAAAAAUAUAAUUUAAUGACAAUUAAAAAUCUAUAAUACAAACUUUGGGUUUUAAUAUCGAUAGCAAUUGCGGUCCGAUGAUCGGAAAAUAUUGUUUCCGCUAAUUGAUGAUAGUGGUUCAUCCCGCAGUAUCGGUCCAUUAAGACACCACUGCACCAAUGUCGAUUGUCGCUGGUCAUGAUUAAAGAAAUUGUAUCUCUCUCUCUAUUUAUAUCGUAGUUAAGAUGACGCAAAAUGGGACAAAAGAUCAUUAAUUUAAAUAACUAGUUAACUAUAUCAGUGAAAUUAAUUUUAAAAAUAAAUCAAUUUUUGGUCGAUUUAUUAUAAUUGAUAGUUCUCUUUGUCUCUUUUAGUCCCUUUUAAAGCCAUAAUAUAAUAACUAUCACAUGACUAUAUAAUACAAAACAUACAAUUGUAAUAUAAGUAGUUAUAUAAUUAUAAAUAACGUAUAGGAAACUAGAAUAUAAAUAGUUAAACUGAAAAUACUCUUAUUAAAUAGUUACACAAUAUAAAUAUAAAUAAUUAUAAAUACAUAAUAUAUAAAAAAUUGAUAUAUAAUCAUAGGAGACUGUAAUGUAAACUAGCUGUGAUAUAAACGGAGGAAGAAAUUUAAUCUGCUACGCGUAAUACUAAUCGACAUUGAUGCGACCAAUCCUCAGUGACACUAGCUUAAGCACGAGGUACUAACUGCCACUUGAAUGAAUGUACUCUUAUAUGUACCGUGCGAGCGUGCGUGUAUGGACACAUAGAAAAUGUUUCUUAGUAAUUGAGACAUAUGUGCGCACUAGCUUUAAUUUAUUUCUUAAAACCUCUACGUGCGAAUAACGAGUGUGAUCAGACAAUUUGAUAAAUAAAACCAAAAUUGAAACUGUCA